GUUUCGGAAUUGUUUUCUCUGGUUUCAGUUUGUGCAAAGGCAGGGAUCGGAGAGGCAGAUAUUUCCAGAAGAAAUGGCAGUCGCUGGACGUGUGCUGGUUUAUGGUGGAAAGGGAGCACUGGGCAGUGUAAUCGUUGCUCAUUUUCGCCGUAACAACUGGUGGGUUGGAUCUGUAGAUCAGAUUCCGAACGAAGAGGCGGAUGCAAACAUAUUGGUCCAGAAGUGCGAUUCGUGGAAAGAACAGCACGAUGCUGUACUUCAAAGUGUUGCCACGUCCCUCAAGGACGAGAAGGUUGACGCUCUCAUCUGCGUCGCUGGAGGUUGGGCGGGAGGAAAUGCUGCUUCGGAUGACUUCAUCACGAACUGCGACUCCAUGUGGAAAUCGAGCGUUUGGACGUCGACCGUCGCUGCGAGCCUCGCUACCAAGCACCUCAAACAAGGGGGCCUCCUAACUUUGACAGGAGCUAAAGCAGCUCUUGAAGAAACACCGGGAAUGAUUGGCUAUGGGAUGGCCAAGGCUGCAGUGCACCAUCUCGUGAAAAGCCUGGGCAGCCCAAAAAGUGGUCUUCCAAAGGACAGUGCUGUGGUGGCGAUACUUCCUGUUACCUUAGAUACGCCCAUGAACCGAAAGUUCAUGCCAAAAUCAGACUUCUCCACUUGGACUCCUCUGGAAUUUGUGGCAGAGCUCUUCUACAAGUGGACUACUGGCCCAGAAAGACCCACUUCUGGCAGCCUCUUGAAACUGGUCACACAAGGAGGAAAAACUGAAGUCUCUGCAUAAAAUUUGAAGCCCCAUAUAGUACCAUGCAAAAGUGUUCCAGGGAUCACAUAUAAGCAUAAAUGCAAACACUUGCAUUCCAUAGCAGGAAAAAAGUUGAAUGUUCUUCCAUUGCAUGCCCAUAUUGUUGCUUUUCAUGAUCUGAAGUACAUGUGUAGUCGAUGCUUUUACAACGAUCUGCCUUACCCCUUUUGUUGCUAGUUCAUAUGCCCUCAUAUUUCAUUUAGUGCCAAUGAACAGUAGACAGCAUGUGUAGAGUAAUGAAAAUAUGUCUAUGCAUUAAAGGUAUUGUACGCUCUGUU